UUGACCCUGUCGGAAGAACUGGAGGAGGCUUCACGUUCAGUCUACGAGCUGGCCAACAGCCGUGCUCUUCGACGACUUCGUCUGGAUGCUGGGGAGUCGUCGACCUCGGAGAAGGCUACCACCACUAGUAAGGAUCUUCUGGCCCGACUGGAUCUCAGCGAAGCUGAACUAUUGGCCUCCUCCUCCUCCCAGCCGGCAGCAGAGCAGAACACUCUCCUCGCAGCCAUGGAACGGGAGAAGGAGGAAACGGAGGAGCUGCUGGAUCUCAUCAAGGGUGGAAAGGCGGCGGAAGCAGCCAAAGUGGCCUACGAAGCGGCUGAAUACCUCCGCAAGCUGGUUGACUCGCGCGAAUGGGGACCCGCGGUACUCUUUAUCACAGAGUGA